AUGCCCAACGAGUAUAGAAAGCUGAUUCGCCCAAUUCCCUUUGUUGAGCUUCCUCAAAUAGAUAUAAUAAAUAAGUAUAAUCUACAUAUGAGUCUGAAGAUCAAAAUUAUCUAUCUGUUCUUAGGCCAGGAUGAGCUAGCAACAUCGGAUUUGGCUCCAUUCGAGUGGAUAUAUGCCUUUCUACAGUUCUAUGUCGGGGCCCCUUGUAAGGAGGCCUCUCCACCUGAAUCUCUUCCAACUCUAGGGUGGGUUCCAACCUUCCCUUGCAUGUUAGUUGUGGAUAUAGUAAGACUUCAUCCAUCACGAAUCAAGCGGGAAAAUAUCGGACUUCCACUCGAGCGAGAGGAGGAAUUAUAUGAACGACCUGCCUAG